ACACCAUCACACAAUUAUUUGAAAGAAAAUAAAAUAAAAGCAAAAUGGAGGGAAAGAGUAUGCUCAAGUUAUCUCAUGUGCUUGCUUUCUUGCUUCUUGCAUCACUUUUUCAAUCACUGAUGGCAAGAGAUUUGAUCAGUGAUGGCAUAGAAGUACUGCAACUUCCAGUGGAAAAUGAUGGCGAAUUUGUAUUUUGCCCAGGUAAGCAAUCAUGGCCUGAACUUGUUGGAAAGUCAGCAGGAUAUGCAAAACAAGUAAUUGAGAAGGAAAAUUCCAUAGUUCAUGAAGUUAGGCUUCUAUUUCCUGGUAUGGUUAGGCCACUUAAUUAUGUUUGUGGCAGAGUUUUUCUGGUUGUUGACUUUAAACUCGUUGUUCAAGUUACUCCCAGUAUGGGUUAGUAACAUUAUGUUAUGAAAAAAUAAAUAAGUGGAGAUAUUAAAUAUAAUGUCUUCAUGUACUUCUACUAUUUCAAGAUAAAUAAAACUAAUGUUCCUUAUUUUUAUUGUAA